GUGUCUAUGUGUGUGUGUAUUAGUUAAAUGUUGGGUUUUCUACGCUUCAUCUCAUUUUUCUUCAAAGUUCACCAAACCAGACACCAGGUAUAAGUGCAAUGGAGUGGAGCACCGGCAUCUGUGAUUGCUGCACUGAUAUGAGGGCCUGUUGCUAUGGAUAUUGGUGUUUCCCCUGCAUGAAGUGUGAGACAGCCAGUAAAAAUGGAUGGUGCUUCGCACUGCCACUCCUGGACAUUUGCUGUGUGGUGUCCUGCUUACUCCGUCAGUCCAUCAGGGAGCGCUACAACAUUGUUGGCUCGUUCGUUAAUGACGCCAGCAACGUAAUUUUCUGUCACCCUUGCGCCUGGUGCCAGAUGUAUCGUGAGCUGAACAUCAGGGAAAACCAGCAGCCUGCUAACUCAUCAGUGGUCACCACUCAGGUGGUCCGUGGAUAAGAUACAACCACUUUUGAUCUUCAGAACCUGUUGUGGUUUGGGGUUUUGUUUAGUUUUUUGCAUUUUGUAAUCAUAAAGCACAUAAGAAAGGAUUAGUUCAGUUUGCCAAAGACAAUCAAGUAGCAUAGCGUCCUAUCUGCUUUCAUUUUCAGAGCCCUGCACAGCUCAUUACUACAGUGUAGUCAUUAGCUCUGACCAUCAUGAAGUGUGGUUCCGUGUUCCAUGUUAGUUUUCUUUCAUACAGUUUUAAACACUUAAGCUUUAAAAUUUGAUUUUUUUUUAAAUGUUUCAUUGACUUAUCAGUGAGUAGGAUGUUAUCUCAGGGAAGGUUUUAAUCUGACUAA